UAGCUUAAUCAGUCAUACCUAAUAUCUAGUCGUAUAUCAGUCAUUAAUAGUCAUUGGUAAUCCUACUGUCAUUCUGUCAUCAUAAAGUGCGCUCAAGUGCGUUACUAGCAAAAAUUUUGGACCGUUUCAAUUCAAGUUCUCCAAUUACUAAAUAACUAAUAAUAAGUACUUAAAGUACCAUUUUUCCCUAUGAAAGUAUGACAGUCAUUGAAACUUUGAUAAAGGAUUUAUGAGAAUAUUACAAAAUCUGAUUCAGAGAUACUGUGUAUUAACAUGACAUGUUGUGCAGAGAAUUGUCCGAAUCGUUUAGGAAAUGAAGUUUCUUUCCCGAAAGUUCUAAAAAAAAUUCCAAAGAAUGAAGAGUUACGAGCAAAGUGGAUAUAUCAAAUUAAUAGACCGAAUUACAAAUUUGAUACAAACAGCUAUGUUUGCGAGCAGGUAUCUUGCAGUAAUGUUAUUAUCUAAAAUUUAGUUUAAUUGGUGCAUGUAUUUCAUGGAUUUAUAGUUUCACUUCGCACCUGACCAAUGGGAGAACAUAGAUGCUUGGCAGCUGAAAAGGACUGCAGUACCUACAUUGUUUUGCUUCUGCCCUAAAAACAGAUUACCCCUCAAAUUAUGUGAGAACUUAAUUCAUGACCACCACUAUUCGUCAUCCCCAUUUUUACCUGCGAGAGUAUUGUCACCUGUAACUACAAGAACAGUCUCCCAGAUAGAUCAUUUGUAUUGCAAUGAGAAAGAAAAUGAGAAGUAUAUAAACCCAAGGAAAAGAGACAGACCUUUUAAAGGAAAUCAAGUUGAUCAUGAGUAUGCUUGUCCCAUGAAAUUACGAAUAAUAGACCAUGAUUACACAAUGUUGUUACCCUACAUAAGAUGGACAUGAGGAGUUUAUACCUAUCACGAAUAUAAGCAAGACUGAAGGAUUAGCCUACUUUACUUCCUUCUUAAAGUACUUUUACAGGACCCUUUAUCGAGUACUGUAAACACAGAUUUCACUUAUUCAAACAAACAUUCCUUAAAUACAAUAAAAAUCUCAUGUUCCGCGUCGAAUUCGGAAAAAAGGGAAUCAAGUGAAUUUGAAAGUAAGUUCACAACAUGAAUUCUCUUUGACCAUAAUACAAAGGCAGACAAAAUAAAAGGCAAAUACAUCCUAAUUCGCAUUUUGAAACUUAACACAGUACUCUCCGAAGGAGUCAUAUCCGGAAAGUACCUACGUGAGACGGAAGGUUAACCUAACCCGCCUCCUGCACCACGUUCAAAUAUAGACAAGAUAGCAAUCUCGCGAUAAUUCUACCUCACAUGUACCGGUCGGUGAUACCACUUCUUAGGAGAUAAGUGGUUCGGAAGGAAUUGCAGAAGUUUGGUUAAUCGAUAAUCGUCUGGAACCCUGGCAAGAUUAAAUUUGCGACCCGAAUAACAAUCAGAUUAGGGUGAUCCAUAGCAUGGAAAUUCGUUGGUAAUGAAUUAACAAAAGUGGCCAUUUGUCAGACGCGAGAAGUGGAAAUUGUUGAUGACCGGGAAUGAUGAUCAGGAAGAGCUUCUGGUUUCUUGCUUAGCGUCAAGCUAGAGGGAUGAUUGAUCAUGGCAUUCUCUUGGAAGAAACUUUCCAUCCGGGGAUGACGUAUUUUCGACCCUGUUCUGUGAUUGGUCCAUGAAUUAGACCGUUAGAUAAAUAUUUGAACGAAUGUUGCAUUGAUAGUGGAAUAUCGAUACGUGACGUAGGAAUAGUGAUGGAAAGAAGGUUAGAGUCCUAGAGAAAAGGAAGAAGAAGAAGAAGAAGAAGAAGAAGAAGAAGGAACCUAGAGUACUAGAAGCCUUAAAGAAAAAGAAGAAGGCAAAAAGAUCGCAAGAUUAUAAAAAUAUUCAGAAAUUAACAAAAUUUUAGAAAGGACAGGGCACCCCUGAAAGUUGUACAGCGUUGUAUUUUAUUGGCCACGAAAGGGGAAGCAUGGCACAGCAUCAACGGCGAAGCCCAUAGAGGGGAUGGCUCAGGGGUUGCUAGUAAAGGAAUUGACCAAACAUAAUUUUGUUCGAUGCGUUCAGUUUGGUAAGUUUUGUCUGUUUGCCAAUAUUGUACAGUUUCAUUCAAUUACUAAGAAUUUUGUUCAAUUUUUGUUCUACUUUUGUUUGAAUUUCGCCCAAUUUUAUUCAAUUUUGUUUAAUUUCCUUCCGUCCCACCGAUUUUCAUUCAGUCUUCACCAAUCGGUCUCCAAAUCCCGACACAUUUCAACAAUCUACCCCAAACCCUUCAAACAUCAAUAAACCCCAUAUUCCCAUUCCCUCAAAAUUCCAACAUCCUCCUCCACCUUAUCCAACAAAAACAAACCACCAACCCAUCGACCAUCCCCUAAUAACACCAGGUUCGUUUCCAUCGCUAACAACCAGGGUGUCCUGUCAACCGAAGGGGAGCACCUUUAAGAGUGGGAGAACCAUCGGUAGUGGGAGGUUACCUCUCUCACCUUUCCGACAACCACCAAACACGACCAAGGCGUUUAUGGAAGGAGCGGGAGGGGGCGUCAGUAGGGUGGGGGGCGUCAGUAGUUACCCCUCCAUCAUUCUCAGCAAGGACCAAGCACGACAGAGACUCCUAUGGUGACCAAGAGUGGGGGUCUCCCCCUCUCGCGCUUUCCUACAAGGACCAAGCGCAAACCGAGACGCACCGCCAAGAGUGGGGGGCGUCAGUAGUGGGCGUUUGCCCCUCCGCGGCUCUCACCAAGGGGCAAUCGCGCAGGGGCGGAGUGGGGGCCCCGCGGAGCGUAACUCAGCAGCACCCUUAGUGUGUGUCGCACUAAAAUGUGACUCUGGCCAAGCAGUACCGGUCGCCGUGUGUGUCGUUUGAGCGUGCGAGCGAGAGCGAGAGAGCGAGAGAGCGAGAGAGCGAGAGAGAGAGAGAGAGUCGUGCGUGUCGGAAUUUCUGUUAGUUUAGAAGAAUCCAGGCACGUAUCCAAGUGAACGGGAACGGGGUGGCCGUCGAAGAGGAUCAUCGCCGCAGCCAAGAGGGUGGACGACGACAGAACUGGCCCCCGUAUCAGGCCAGCCGUCGUUGGGGGAGCCGAAACAUAUCGUCUUAUCAGCGAGGAACGCCUAGUGGAGGGCAGCCAUAAGUUGGCCGCGAGUAGAGUAGCAGAGAUCGAACCUGAAGGAGCCAACGUGCCAGGGGAUCCCCAUAGAGCGGAGGGUGGAACUCCUGGAGGCGAAAAGAGUGAAAGACGAGGCGAUGUGCGGGUCUAAUUGAGCGUAGUCCGGGAACUGGUAUAGUUAGUGGACACGCAUAAGACGUAUGCACACACAGACGCACACAGGGGGUGAAACGUAGGUGCAUUAGGCGCGUAGCGACCCAGGGAACGCGACGGGGGCUACCUGGGGUUCGUCGACGGGGUGUUGUAAUCGUUAUCGUCGCGGGUCGCGUUUCUACGGUUAGAGCUUGUGUGUUGAAUAGGGGAGCUGGGUGUCCACCUCGAUGACUGCUCGGGAUUAGUUUACUUCGUAACGUUCUACCGCGAACUGUGAUUCUUUGUGCCGUGGAAGAGGAGGGGAAGGAGUGGUUACAUCGACACGGAGCAGAAAGUCAGGAAAAAUGAAGCUGGAAUUGGAUAGGGAGAAGGGCCUGGAGCUCAUUGGGAAGUUCAUUCGAACGAAGAAUGUGGAGAGUCUUCAGGGCGACCAGGGGAAGGCUGGACCCGAGCCACUUCAUCCGACUGACUCCAAGCAGAAAUUACAGAAGUGCCUGACGACUCUGGACCUGACGUCUUUGGGAGUUGGCUCCUGCGUCGGGACAGGGAUGUACCUAGUCGCUGGAAUGGUGGCUCGCAGCGUCGCCGGACCUGGCGUCGUCAUCUCGUUCAUUAUUGCAGCUAUUGCUUCCAUUUUGUCCGGAGCGUGUUACGCCGAGUUCGGGGUGCGAGUGCCCCACACAUCAGGCAGCGCUUACGUGUACAGUUACGUGACAGUAGGCGAGUUAAUAGCAUUCAUUAUCGGAUGGAACAUGGUGCUGGAGUACCUUAUAGGUACGAGCGCGUGUGCCUGCGCCCUUAGCGCCUGCCUGGACGCCCUUUCCGAUGGCGCCGUUUCCGGCGCGAUAGCCAGCAGCGUCGGAACCAUUUUUGGUCGACCACCCGAUUUCCUGGCGUUCGUCAUCACCAUACUGAUGAUGCUGCUGAUGGCCGCGGGCGUCAGAAAAUCCCUCAUGUUCAAUAACGUGUUGAACGUCAUCAACCUCUCGGUCUGGGUGUUUAUCAUGACGGCGGGAAUGUUUUACGUGGACAGUGACAACUGGUCCGAGCACAGGGGCUUUCUUCCCUACGACUGGAGCGGUGUGUUCACCGGUGCGGCGACGUGUUUUUACGCGUUCAUCGGCUUUGACAUAAUAGCAACCACCGGCGAGGAGGCGACCAACCCCAAGAGGAGCAUCCCCCUCGCGAUAGUCUCGUCGUUGUUCAUAAUUCUCAUCGCUUACGUCACCAGCAGCAUGAUGUUGACGCUGAUUGUUCCAUACGAUGAAGUGGAUCACGAUUCAGCAUUGGUGGAGAUGUUUGGCCAGGUUGGAGCCUACAAAUGCAAAUACAUCGUCGCGGUUGGUGCUCUGGCUGGAUUGACGGUUUCCAUGUUCGGCACCAUGUUCCCCAUGCCUAGGAUAGUCUACGCCAUGGCCCAGGAUGGCCUUAUAUUUAGGAGUCUGGCCCAAGUGUGGCCAGCAACGGGCACUCCAGCCCUGGCGACACUCACUUCCGGUUUGUGUGCAGCAAUGGCCGCCCUGCUGAUCCAGCUCGAGGUCCUGGUGGAAAUGAUGUCCAUCGGUACCCUGCUGGCCUACACCCUGGUGUCCACCUGCGUGCUGAUCCUGCGCUACCAGCCGCACACCACGAACCUGGUGGAGCUCCUACCGCAGAGCCUGAAGACGCCUUGUCGAACGCCAACGAAAGAAACUCAGGGAAACGGUCAAGUGACCUACGGCAAGGAGCUUCGACCUGAUCAAUUGACCACUGCUCUGAACACUGUCCAAGCGUCGCAAUCGGAGCUUGCAGCGGCCAACAAUGGCCAACGUAUCAUGGUGAGACGAGUGAGGAGAGCCAACAGCUCUUCGCCAGACUCCGACGACACUUACGGAGCAGAGGAGGACGAAGUAGGAUUGGGGAAGGAUGACCAGUAUUUGGUCAGCGAUAGAACCGAGAAUAAAUUCUACGGAAGCGUACACGCAGCUGCGGCAGCGUCCAGUUGCGGAAGCGCGCAUCAAUAUCCAGGAACAACGCCGAUAAUAGGGCCGCCAUUGAAUUAUCUUCAGCGCCGUCUUCAGGCAGCACAGUACCUAUGUCCUGCAAUUUUCCCUUGGGUGGACCGAGGCCCAGCGACGGAGGCGUCUGGACGCUACGUCAUGAAGCUAGUAGGAAUUCUCUACCUUCUGAUCCUAAUUUUCGAUCUGAUUAUCGUUUGUGGCAUGGGAAACAUGGGAACAUUCACCACGUUAUUAAUGUUCAUUUUCCUCUUCGCCAUAAUUGGAGUGUUGCUCGCCAUCAGUAGAAAGCCACAAAACAGGAACAGCAUGAUGUUCAUGACCCCGGGACUGCCAUUCGUCCCUGCGAUCGCUGUCACCGUGAAUAUAUACCUCAUCUUCAAGCUGAGCAUCUUGACUCUCGUCAGAUUCACAGUGUGGAUGAUACUUGGCUUCAUCAUGUACUUCUACUACGGCAUCAAGCACAGCAGCUUGGAGGAGGCCAGCGCGUCCGAGACCCAAGAAGAGUCCGUGACAGCAGGUAACAUAGAGCUGACAGUGACGGAUACUCAAAGACAACAACCUCAGCAUCCGUCGUCCUACUCGACGACCGAUCGCAACAUCUACGAAGGCCAACAGCUAGACGCGUUCGGUCAGCCUGUGUUCGGCAGCACGAACUUCGGUGGGACACCUAGCCAAAGGCCAACCACAACUACUGGCCAGCCACUCUUCGUCGAUCAGGGGAACUUCCCCACCUGGGACGACUGAGUGCUGAACGAAAUCCACACAAAUAUAUAUAUUUGAAGAUAUAAGAUAAAUUAUUACGCAAGCCUGACAGGCAUCGAAUGUUCGCCGGCGAAUAAAUGACCCUUGGAGCUCGCGGUGGGCCCUGGCCUCUGGAUCAUGAUCGAAAGAUGAUGAGACGUAGCGUUGGUCCUUCGAGAGACUGUUUUGUAUUUUUAGUUGGGUAGAGAACUGGAGAGCAGUGGCGAUAAGUUUUUAGAUGGUGUCUUACGUUGCGUUUGGAUUCUUUGAGAGUAGAGUGGUGGUCUAUCUUCUUGGGCCCUCGAAAGAGAUUCUUGGGAGGGUUCAUCAUCCUGUUUCUCUUUGGAUUUUCAUGUUCCGUUAUGGAAUGGUACAGUUGGGAGGCGUGGUGAUUAUUUAAAAUUGGGAGAGGGCGAGGUUGAUAUACUGAAGGCCUUUAUCCUAUAAUUUUGUUGAAUAUUGAUGUGGCUAAGCUCAAAGCUCUGGGGUAGUUUUUGAAGUAGCACUGUCGAGAGUUUUUGUUUCGUAAAGGAAUUCAUCUAGCUCAAAGCUCUGGUAGCUUUCCAUUUAGCUGAAAGCUUAAGUAGCUUUCUACCAUCGAAAAAAUUCGGGUUGUUUGAACAUAAUUUGAUACAAUGUUCCUUUAGUGUCGUCAACUUUAGAUUAUUGGUGGUGGUAGGUCUUAAACUUGCCUCCUGAGGAACCUAACUCAAAGCUCCGGUGGCUUUCCAUUUAGCUCAAAGCUCAGAUAGCUUCCCACCAUCAAGAAAAUUUUUUUUGUUUGGACAUCAUUGGAUCGAAAGCUCAUUUAGUUCCUUCGACUUUAAAUUGUUGAUGGUAGAAGGUUUUAAGCUUCCCUUCCAAAGGAAUCCACCUAGCUCAAAACUCAGGUAGCUUUCCACUAUGAAUAAUAUUACUUGUGUUUGGAUAUUAUUUGAUCCAUAGUUCCUUUAGUACCUUCAGCUAUAGAUUGUUAAUGGGAAAGGUUUUAAGCUAUCCUUCUAAGGGAAUCCACCUAGCACAAAGCUCAGGUAGCUUUCCAUUUAGCUUAAAGCUCAUUUUGCUUUCCACCAUCAAGAAUAUUUAUUCUGUUCAGAUAAUCUUUCAUUUAGAGGUCAAUUACUAUCAGAAACGCACUG